AUGCUCCCCAGCGCCGUGGCGGCCCCCGCCGGCGCCUACUGGGACGUGGUGGCGUCCUCCGCGCUCCUCAACCUGCCCGCGGCGCCCGGCUUUGGCAACCUGGGCAAGAGUUUCCUGAUUGAGAACUUGCUGCGGGUCGGGGGCGCCCCGGCGCACGGGCUGCAGCUGCCCACGCCCCACGGCCCGGCGGCCGCCCUCGCCCCCGCCGCGGGCAGCGCGCAGCUCCGGCCCCUGCCCGCCAGCCCGGUUCCCCUCAAGCUGUGCCCUGCGGCCGAACGAGUCGGUCCCGCCGGGGCGCCCUACGGCACGCGGUGGGCUUUUCAGGUGCUCAGCCCCUCGGCGGACGGCGCGAGGCUGCCGGGCCGGGGUGCGGGGGACCGAGACUGUACCUUCCAGCCGCCAGGCCCAGUGCCUUCCAAACCUUUUUUUCUGAGCGCCCCGCCAUUCUACUCAGCGUGCUGCGGUGGGUCCUGUCGGCGCCCUGCAUCCCCCACUGCUUUUCCAAGAGAAGAAAGUGUGCUGCCUCUCCUGACACAGGAUUCUAAUUCUAAAGCUCGGAGGGGCAUUUUAAGAAGAGCUGUCUUUUCUGAGGAUCAGAGAAAGGCUCUGGAGAAAAUGUUUCAGAAGCAGAAGUAUAUCAGCAAAACAGACCGAAAGAAACUUGCCAUCAACUUGGGCUUAAAGGAAUCACAGGUGAAAAUUUGGUUUCAGAACCGAAGGAUGAAAUGGCGGAAUUCAAAGGAAAAGGAAGUGCUUUCCAACAGGUGUAUCCAAGAAGUAGGCCUCCAAGAGGAUCCCCUCUCUCGGUCUGCUCUGGGUUUUCCUUCUCCAUGUCCUUCAAUAUGGGAAGUCUCCCAACAGCACUCAAGUCCAAGAUGGAGAGAGAAUUCUCCAGAACCUUCAGAAAGACUAAUCCAGGAGAGGUCAGGGCCACCCCUCCCAGAAGCAAAUUCACUCCAAGAUGCCUUGUAUUUGUGUUCUGAAGAAGAAGCUGGAGACAAGGGUGUACUUACUGGGGCUGUCUGA